UAAUUAAUCUCUAUGCUUCUCUCUCUGCAAUUACUCCUUGAGAGCAUCUCUCUCUAGAAUAUCGAGUAUUGUUGACUUGAGCGUCGGAGUGUUUUCCUCGAGGAAACAUCCUCAGGAUUUUCAGGUGUAGAAGCAGCUGAGGACUUCAACAGUGUUGGACUACGAAGCUGCCCAAACAUUUGGCGCCAUCUGUGGGAACUCGAACAAGAAGUUGCAUAGUUUAACCGGUAGAAAGACAAAAUGGUUCGUACCUUUACUGGAGGUCGCCCUCCAAGAAAUGAAAUGGAUGAACAGGAGGACACACAACUAUCUGACCUCAGCUUGAAUGAUUUUAGACCAAUGCCGAGAAACCCUUUCGAACAAGGCAGAGACAACCCAAGCAAGGCAAUCUACAACAGGAAAGACCUUAAAGUGCCGACCAAACCAAGGGGAAAUGGGAAGCUAAAUAACGAGCCUAGCUCGUCCAAACAUAGUGAAGAACUGAUGAGAAAGAACGCAGACCUUGAAAGGCAGCUACGAGAUGUACAAAAAUCCAUUGACGAGCUGAAAAGUCCCAGGUUGCACCAACAGAUCCUUGAUUUGGAUAGUGCCCCACUAAACCUAUCUAUCAUAGCAGAACCAUAUCAAGAGGGGUGCAAAAUUCCCCACUUGGAGACGUAUGAUGGCUCGGGCGACCCGGAUGAGCAUCUACACACCUAUCAGGCCAUCAUGAGAAUCCAAAAUGCCAAUGAUGCCAUGAUGUGCAAAGUGUUCCCAACGAUGCUGAAAUCAACAACCAAAAGAUGGUAUCAUAAACUCCCCAGACAUUCUAUAGAUUCCUACUCUCAGCUCGCUAAGCUAUUCUCUAACAAAUUUGCGAGCCAAAGAGAGAUCAAGCGUACAGUGACUGAACUGAUGCAAGUUCAUCAAAAAGAAGGAGAAUCUCUGAGGGACUACAUGCAGCAAUUCAACAAGGCUACUUUAGACAUUGAUAACGUCCCCGAUACCAUUUGCUUGUCUGCUUUGCUGCAUGGCUUGAAACGUGGUCAGUUCCUAGACGACCUGCUAGAAAACCCACCAAAGACGUGGAACGAAAGCAAAAGCCAUGAACAACCACCAAGGAGAGAAGAAAAGAAAAAGCAGAAGGUGAGCGAGCAAUGGGGGAAGCCAGCUGACUUUCCAAAGUAUGCCAACUACAUUCCUUUGACCUUGCCAAGGUCUCAAAUCCUGGCACAAAUCCAGCAUUGGGUUAGAAGACCCCCACCCCCAUUGCAUGAUUCCCGAAGGGCAGACAAGAGCAAGCAUUGUGACUACCAUCGUACUUAUGGUCACAACAUAGAAGACUGCCAACAUUUGAAGGACGAGCUGAAGUUUUUAGCUCGCAAUUGGAAAUUAAAAGGAUAUGUGCAGAAGCCUUAUACCCAGCAACCAUCUCAAACUCACUUUGUGCAAGGAUAUGACCGACCUCAGGGGCAGAGGUAUCAGCUCGGCAGCACGCAGGAUGUGUAUCAGGACAACCAAUAUCCCUCGAAGCAGGGCAAAGCGUACAGGAGACGAGGCCAAAGCACCCGAGGUUGCAAAGCAUAUGCUCACCAAGUGAUGACUGUUAAUAAGAACAGGCCCCUGAAGCGCCCGUUUGAAGAAACAGAAUGGGAAAAUGCACCCAUUACAUUCAGCCCGGCCGAUUACAAGCAAGUAGACGGAGAGCCUGACGUUAUGAUGCCUCAUGGAAAUCCCUUCAUGGCAACGGUUCAGAUAGGUAAUCACAACAUCAACAAGGUGUUCGUCGAUACUAGUAGCUCGCCAGAUAUCUUAUACUGGAGCUGUUUUCAAAAGAUGCAACUAAAUCCGAGCUCGCUGCAAAAGUAUGAAGGACCCAUAUAUGGGUUUGAUAACCAGCCUGUCCCGGUGGAGGGAGUUAUUACUCUUCCCAUAUAUGUGGGCUCAGAACCACGCUUCAGGACGGCCUCUGUUAGCUUCUUGGUCGUCAAGAUGGAAUCAGCUUUUAAUGCUAUAUUAGGAAGAGCCACUCUGUGCGAGCUGAAGGCUGUUAUCUCUCAACCCCAUCUCUGUAUGAAAUUCCCAACUCCUAAGGGGGUACGAGUACUUAAAGGGAACCAAAAGAUGGCUAGAGCCUGCUAUCAAGAUACGUUCAAGAAAGUUGAGCUCAUUGCAGCCUCGGCAGAGCCGGUAGAGCUAGUGGAAAUAGUUCCUUUAAACCCUGAUGUACCGAAAAGAACAGUUAAGAUCGGCACCAAGCUCACAAAAAAAGAAUGGAUAGAGCUUCUGGAGUUUCUAAGGGCUAAUCAAGAUGUAUUUGCGUGGACUACAGAUGAAAUGCCUGGCAUUCUAACGGAGUUGAUAGUCCACAAGCUUAGCACGGACCCCACCAAAAGUCCGGUGGUUCAGAAGCGUCGCCUUUUUGGCCCUGAGAAGCAAGCUGCCAUAGAUGAAGAGAUACAAAAGCUGCUACAUGCAGGAUUCAUCAGGAGAGUGGAAUACUCUGAGUGGGCGUGUCCAAAAGACCCUUAUCCCUUGCCAAAUGUGGAGAAGCUAAUAGAGCGGGCAGCUGGACAUGAGCGGAUGAGUUUCCUUAAUGCUAGCUCAGGUUACCACCAGAAGCUGGUGCAAAUCAUCUUUAAGCUCCAGAUCGACAAGAAUAUAGCAAUAUAUGUGGACGACAUGAUAGUCACCAGUGUGCGAGCUGAGGAUCAUAUAGACGACUUGAAUGAGACUUUUCAGAACUUGCGCCGAGCCCAAAUGAAAGUUGAAUCCCCUGAAAUGCACGUUCGCUGUAGAAUCAAGAAAAUUUCUAAGGUAUCCAAGAAAGGAAUUGAGAAGGCGGUGAGCUCGGUUCUGCUCAGGGAAGAGAAUAAGAAUCAGAAACCUAUCUGCUAUGUGAGCAAGGUUUUACAAGAUGUUGAGCAGAACUACCCAUUAGCAGAAAAGGCUGCUUUUGCCUUGGUUUACACAGCUCGUAAGUUGAGAGCUUACUUCCAAUCUCAUCAAAUUGUUGUCUAUACUAAUCUGCCAUUGAGGAAGAUAUUGCAGAAACUGGAACUCUCUGGUCGGCUUAUCGGAUGGAGCGUCGAGCUGAGUGAGUACGAUCUCAAAUUUCAGCCACGCACAACCGUAAAAGGCCAGGCUGUGGCAGACUUCCUGGUGGAGUGCAUCUCGGCGACUGUGGAAGAAAAGGCACCCAAGCACCUAGUCUGGGUCUUGUAUGUUGAUGGAGAUGCUAACAUUGAAGGAUCGGGUGCUGGGGCUGUGUUAGUGGGCCCAGAUGGCUUUAAAUCCGAGCACGCACUGAGGUUUGAAUUUCAGACUACUAAUAAUGUCGCGGAAUAUGAAGCCCUUGUUUAUGGAUUGAAACUAGCGUCCGAGCUAAAAGUACAGAGCAUUCAAGUUUUUAGCGACUCUCAGCUCGUUGUGGGCCAAGUGAAUGGUAGUUGUGAAAUCAGGGAUCCUCAGCUUGGUCGUUAUGCCUCUGUGGUCAACAGAUUGAAGUCAAUAUUUACCUCCUUCCGGAUUGACAAGAUACCCAGAGCAGAUAACCAACGAGCUGGCGAGCUAUCAAAAUUAGCCUCCUCGCAAGAUAUCAACCCUCAGAGGUCAACAAUUGUAGAAGUACUUGACGCCCCGAGCUACACCAAUUUCACAAUCAAAUGUCAGCUACUAAGCACAGAUCCUUCUUCACCAAGCUGGACCACCCCGCUCAUAGAUUAUCUGCUAAGUGGCAAGCUACCUAAAGAUCCGUUUGCUGCAAAGUUGAUUAAACGUAGGGCGGCACAUUUCACUUUGUUAGAUAAUCAGCUCUACAAACGAGGAGCCUCAAUGCCCUUAUUACGCUGCCUUACUCCUUAUGAAGCUGAAUAUGCUGUGAAGGAAGUUCAUGAGGGAGUAUGUGGCACACACAUCGGUGGUAGAACUUUAGCUUGGAAACUCCUGAGGCAUGGUUAUUACUGGCCCACAACGGUUGAGGACGCACAGAACUAUGUCAAAAAGUGCCCGACUUGCCAGUUCAAUGCUGAUGAUAUUCACAUGCCAAAAAUGCUCUCAUCACUCUCAUCUCCCUGGCUUUUUGCUCAAUGGGGAGCCGACCUGCUUGGCCCUUUUGUGAAAGGCAAAGGAGGUUGCACUUACCUCGUUGUCGCGGUGGAUUACUUCACCAAAUGGAUAGAAGCUAAACCAUUGUCCACGACAACAGAAAAGAAAAUAGAAGAAUUCCUGUUCAAUUCAAUAGUAUGCAGGUCGUUCUGUAAUGACUAUGGCAUUGAGCUCGCCUUGACCUCUGUAUAUACCCCACAAUCAAAUGGACAAGCCGAGUCCGCCAAUAAAAUCGUCUUGCAAGGCCUCAAGACACGUGUACUAGCCGCACAUUCUAAUUGGGUAGACGAGCUCAAUAAAGUGCUUUGGUCAUGUCGCACUAUGCCCAUCUUGACAACAGGCGAAACCCCAUUCAGCCUUGCUUAUGGAGCUGAGGCCGUCAUCCCUGUAGAAGUCGAAUUGUCGUUUGAUAGAGCAGAUCGGUACAACGACGAUCUUAAUAAUGAGCAACUUUUAAGAGAGAACCUAGACCUUGUAGAAGAGGUUAGGGAAAUGUCCCGAAUAAAGAACAUGGCAUAUCAGGGUCGUGUUGCAAAAUUUUACAAUAAGAGAGUCCGAGCUCAUCAGUUCAAGGUUGGCGAUCUGGUUUUAUGCAAAGCUGGAUUAACCAAUACUUAUUCACACAUGGGCAAGCUCGCUCCUAAUUGGGAAGGUCCCUAUAUGGUCGUUCAAAUCAAGUGACCUGGAUCUUAUGUGUUAGUAGACAUACAAAGACACCAAUUACCAUACAUUUGGAACAUACACAACCUUAGAAAAUUUUACAGUUAACAUGUGUUCUAUUAUCUUAUUCAAGUUGUUAUCCAGCAACUGUAAACGACAAUAUACAAAAAAUAUAUAA